CCAGCUGCGCUUGCGACGGCCUGUUGUGAGUUAAUACUGCGCUUGUCCAUCCGAUAUUCCCCUUCUUCUUUUGAUGGUUUUACUGAACUCAGUUUCUCACUUCCGGUGCUCUAUCAUCGAUCGCAGACUCCCAAUUACACCAAGUGGGCGCCGCGGCAACACCGCCAUCGCGACGCGUCACCGAAUUCAGUUUGGCCAGUUGGCAUUCGAAAUGGCCAGGAAACCCAAAAAGUCACCGCCGCGGGUCUACCACGACGGCCUAAUCCCGACCACAACCGACACCUACCAAAGCUACCCCGAAGUGGUCCCCGACGACCACGACCAGGUCAAGCACGAGAAAAGCUACCCGGAACUUGCACAACCACCCGAACCACGCGCAUCAUCACCGCCCACCUCCUCCGUCACCACCGCCAACACCCCUCCCAUCGCGCUUCACGGCGCACGGGCGCAACACCACCACCACCACCAACAACAACAACCCAGCGAUCCAUCCCCUCUCGCGGCGCCGCCGCCGCCUCCGCUAAUACACCCGUUACCGGUUCUCCCGCGCACGUCGGGUGUGCACUCCCUGCGCCAGGCCUGGAGCGAGGUGGACGAGUCCGAGGACGGUGUUGCCGGUGCGCGUGGGGGGUCCCGUCUGCCGCUUUGGAAAAGGCCUGUCUUUUGGGUCGCGGCCGUCGCGUUGGUGGUUGUUGCUGUCCUGGCAGGGGUUCUGGGCGCGGUUGUGUCAGGGAGGAUUAUAAGUCAGGUUUCUUCGAGUGACUCAAACUCGCAGCAACGGAGCCCAUCGUCUGUGACGGACCCGAGCUGCCCGGGAGCCAACAACCUCAACUACACCAGCGUUGGCUCCACGCCGCGAAAAACCUUCCGAAUACAGUGCGGCGCGAACUAUCCCAACGGAGAUGGCGCGCUGGGGUUACUGAAUGACACCGACGUACACCACCUGGCGACCUGUUUGGAUGCGUGUGCUCGGCACGCCGAGUGCGUCGGUGCCGUGUUUGUGCCGGGGACGACGACGGCUGGGCAGUGCUGGCUGAAGGAGUUUAUUGGGGCUGUCAGGACGGGAGGGGAUGUCGAGGGGAUGGUGAGUGGCGUUUUGUGGCAGUAGCCUGGCCGCCAGAACUACAUUAAUCGAAGCGGGUUCUUGCAGUCUGGUGAAAAUGGAACUGCCGUGCGUUAAUUAGGUAGUCAUGUACUCAAGUCAAGAAGACUCGGGCUGGUCUUGGAGUCUGUGAGCAAUGGCAUGGCUAAUCGCUCAGGCCAGCCAACCCUGGAACUCCAUCUCCUCGGCUGCAAUCACCCUCGAUCGGUGGAAGUAUGGCACAGGUUACCCAGUCCAUGUGGUUUCAGCGACACGCCGGUUUGGGAGGCGACACGCCGGUUUGGGAGACCACUCGUUAGUCGGACGGCAUCAGCAGAGAAGCGGAAAACCAGCAGAGAUAGGAUACUGUAUCAAUAAGGCAGCUGGACAACAUCAAUACAGGGCUUUGCUCCGCUGGUCGUAGUAGCCAGGAUACCUUAGCA